UGCUCAGUCUCUAGUAGCCAGUUCUGCUGGGCGCUCCUCGCUUUCCUUCAGAGAGCCGCUUUUCUAAACUCAACCCCGGGAAACCAUGGCCGAGCAGGCCUCGGGAUCCACCCGGCCGCCUCAACAUGACGGGGUUGAACUGGAGCAGGAUCGAACAGACUUCCUGAAGCUCAAACAACAGCUGGAGAUGGAGUUCAACCAAAAGCGGGCCAAGUUUAAAGAACUAUAUCUGUCUAAAGAAGAGGAGCUGAAGAGGCAGACUGCUAUACUGGAGAAGGCCCAGGCAGAGAUGUGUAGUGUGCAGGAGGAGCUGGCCGAUGCUAAAGCAGAGAUGGAGACCAUCAAAGCUGUCGCCACUCUUUCGGAGAGCACAAAGCAGGAAGCCAUCGACCAGGUCAAGCAGCUGUGGCAGGAGGAGGUGGCGUCACUGCAAGCCAUUAUGAAAGAUGCAGAGCGGGAAUUUAAAUUGCAGUUCCAGCAGAAGUUGGAGCAGGAGCGAGCACAAUGGGCACAGUACCGUGACGGUGUGGAACGAGAGAUAGCUGAGCUACGUCGUCGUCUUUCUGAAGGACAGGAGGAAGAAAAUUUAGAGAAUGAGAUGAAGAAGGCUCAAGAGGACGCGGAGAAGCUCCGUUCGGUGGUGAUGCCAAUGGAGAGCGAGAUCGCAGCACUGAAAGCCAAACUGUCAAGCUCAGAAGAUCGAGUUAAGGAACUGGAGGCUGCUAAGGUGAAAGAGCUCAAUCAUGUCCUGGAGGCUGAGAAGUCUUGCCGCACGGAUUUAGAGAUGUAUGUUGCGGUCCUCAACACCCAGAAAUCUGUCCUUCAAGAGGACGCAGAGAAACUUCGGAAAGAACUCCACGAGGUGGUUCAUCUGCUGGAGUUGGAGCGGCAGCAGCACAAUCAGCUGAAACACACUUGGCAGCGCGCCAACGAUCAGUUCCUGGAGUCGCAGCGGCUGCUGAUGCAAGACAUGCAGCGCAUCGAGAGUGUGCUGUCUUCAGAACAGCUGCGGCAGGUGGAGGAGAUCAAGAAGCGGGACCAGGAGGAGGAUGAGCAGGAGCGAUUGAGUCAAGCUAAAGAGGCCAGUGAGGAUGAUGGGACGGAGCAUGCGGAAGCAGUGGAGGAUUCUCUGCUCGGACUCUCCAUAGAAGAGUCUCACCUCAGUCACAGUAUUCACAGCUCUUUGCACUCUCUGGACGCAGACACCCCGGGCCGCCCGGAUGGCUCUGACCCCUAUAAGGAUGGUCUUCGGAGGGUGCAGUCCACAGACAGCCUGGGUUCUUCAGGAGGAGCCUUACAGCCUCACGGGCUGGGCGGACACAACAACAAGGCCAAGUCAGCCAGCCAGCUGGACGAGUCAGACUUUGGUCCUCUAGUGGGUGCAGACUGUGGGGGCUUUGACAACAUGGACACCUCCUCCAUAUCAUCCCUCCAGCCGGGACAUUUUCUCCUCACCAAGGACCAGGAGAAGGCCAUAAAGGCCAUGACCCCAGAGCAGGAGGAGACCGCAUCGCUUCUGUCUAGUAUUUCUCACACGGCCGAUACGGCUUACCUCCCUCCAUCUGGAUACCGGUUGGUCAGCGAGAGCGAGUGGAAUCUUCUGCAGCAGGAGCUGAAGAACGCUGGGAGGAAGUUGGGCCGGCGAUGUGACAUGUGCUCUAAUUAUGAGAAACAACUGCAGGUCAUCCAGGGACAAGAGGCAGAGACACGAGAUCAGGUUAAAAAGCUACAGGCCAUCUUGCGGCAGGCAAAUGAUCAGCUGGAGCGGACGAUGAAUGAGAAACAGGAGUUGGAGGAUUCGGUCAAACAGGCCAACGAGGACACUACUGCCAAGAUCUCGGAGCUGAAGCAGAAAGUUCAGGAGUCAGAGUCUCUCUUCAGUGCUCUCCAACAGGCCUUCAGCCAGGCCAAAAGGAACACCCAGGAACAGAUGGCUGUUCUGCUACAGUCCAGAGAGCAGGUGUCUGAGGAGCUGAACAGACUGCAGAGAGAUAAUGAAAGUCUUCAGGGCAAACACAGAUUUCACAUGACACUGCAGCAGCAAGAAGACUUUCACAUGCCGACCACUGUACAGGAACUUCAGAAGCUGGUGUUGCAGUACAGGGAGGACAUCGUUUCUGCACGCACAGCAGCCGAGCAUUUAGAGGAGAAGCUGAAGGCUGAAAUUUUGUUCCUGAAGGAGCAGAUUCAGGCUGAGCAGUGCCUAAAAGAGAACCUGGAGGACACUCUACAGCUGGAGAUCGAGGGCUGUAAAGAAGAGAUCGCGUCUUUUUCCAGCUUGAAGACGGAACUGGAACGAGUGAAGAGUGAGAAGGAACAGCUGGAGAGCAGCUUGGCAGAGAAGAGCCAGAUGCUGGAGAGUGUCCAGCGCCUGAAGAACAGUCUGGAAGAGCAGCUCAAAGACACGCUCGGCAGCAAGAGUGCUUUGGAGACUCAGGUGUUUGAAGAGAAAGACAAAUCACAGAGACUUCAGGCAGAGCUGGACGUCAGUGAGCAGGUCCAGAGAGAUUUUGUUAAGCUCUCUCAGACCCUUCAGGUGCAGCUGGAGCGCAUUCGGCAGGCCGAGUCAUUAGAGCGCAUCCGCGCCAUCCUCAACGACACCAACCUUACAGACAUCAGCCAGCUUCCAGAGACAUGAUGUCACUUCCUCAAAACCCCACUGCGCGCACAGAAACACAUGCACUCCACCUGAACCCCAUUAUCUCCAUCCAUUCAGAUUCAGUGAGGAAGACCUGAGCGAACACUACUGACCCCAUAUACUACUGCUCUACAUGCCUUGGCAAGAGCCCGAACGGAGGCUUCCUGUCUUUCAAAGUCGUUCGCUGAAUGCGCCUUUUGGUCCGGAAAUGAGAAAAUAUCACUGUCCCAUCUCUCUCCCGAUACCUCUUUUUGUUCUUCGUCUUUCCAUCCGCUAAAUAUGAAGGAAACGGACGCUUCUCAAGUGUUUUGUACAUACUUGUAUACAGAAUAUUUGUGUAUAUUGCAUUAGUUAAUACAUACACGAGACUGCGAUUCUACUGUUUUCACGUCCGCCACUCGAUGUAAUCUCUCCUCAUUGUGUUGUUUUUCGACAUCCAUCAUCAACAGUAAAUUUUCUUUCACUUCCAGACAGUUUGAUGAGCUUUUGCUUGACGUUACUGCUACUUGGACUGAGGUUUUGCUUAUUUUUCUCUGGGUUUUUUUUUUACGCAGACAUAUCAAGUGAUAUUUAUAGAUGACUUCUGGGAUGCUCGGGUUGAUUUGUGUCGAGGUUUUGGCAACAGCACUUACACCGACCCUUCUGGAAGGUGUUUCAUUCAUGGUUCUGCUGUUUGUAUAAUAACGUAAGCACACUAUGCUUCUGAUUUACAGUCCUUGUGGAUGAACCCUGUGUUUGUGUACCAGAUUAGGAGGUACAGUAAUAUAUGUCUGUCUCUUGUGUGCAACGGAAUUGCGUAUGGGAUUCGCGUAACCAAAGUUGAUCAUGUUAUGACCUUAAAUACUCAACGCAGCGUAUUUGGAGAGUUUAAAUCAUCGAGGGCUCAUGGGUUUAAAUCAUUUCGUUGUUGGCUGCUGUUUUGUUUUAAGCAACGGAUGCUAGGCGGUGUAACUCAGCUGCAGGAAACAAGCGUGCGUGAUUUAUGAUCCAGUUAUAGGAUUAAAUAGUAAAAAUUGAGGCUUUUUUUAAUAAGACCAAAAGUGGCAUGUGAUUUCAGCAUGGUCUUUUUUUAAAUUAGGCGAAACGUGGAUUUUAGUUUAGGCUGUGGACUUACAUUUUUAAAAAACGUCUGUUGAUUUAAAAACAGAUAGUGCUUAAACAUGAAAAUUGGCUGAUAUAAUUGACAAUUCAUAGUUAAAGCCUGCAUGUUGAGUAUUAUGUCUGCUGACGUAACCGUAUCAGUGAUAUUUCAAAAAUGUGGAAAAAAUGUAAUCUAAAAAAUAUAUAAAAUGCAAAUGCUGAAAUUGAGGACAGUUCAAAAUAACGUUAAAAAUUAAACGUCAAAUUUAAAAUUGUUACGACAGUCUAAUUUGUCUUUGUAUCAAAAUUGGCUUACUAUCUUAAUUUCCAUGCAUCAUAAUUAUGAGUUUUAAUUUGUAAUAUAGUCUAAUGAUUCUCAGUUUUGAUUUGCUGUCAUGACCCAUUUUGAUUUUGUAGUCAUAUAUGACAAAAUGAAUCAAAGCUGACAAAGUUAAAAGUUGAAAUCUCAACUCAGUUGACAAUUUAGACUAAUAAUUAGUCAAUUUCGUAUGUAUAAUAAUUUUAUGUUUAACUCUCAUAAUCUUCUCAUCUCAAUUUUGACAUCAUAAUUAUGACUCAUAUUUUCUAUUUAGUGGCCAGUUUUGAUGAUAUGAGAACUCAAAAAAUUAUGAGAUCAUAAUUUAUUUGAUUUACAGUUGUUUGACCAUAUUGUAAUUUCUGUUUGUCAAUUUAUCUUAUAAUUUUGGCUUGUCUCAUAAUUGACUUCAUAUCUAAAUUCUUUUAAAUUGUCAUUGUUAUAACUCAUAAUUUUGAUUUAUAAUAUACUUUUAAUAUUAAUGAAGACUGUCAUCUCGAUUUGCCAUAAUUUCUGAUAAACUCUUUGUACUUUUAUCCCAUUAUUGACUCUCAUAAUUUGGCUUUUUGUCAUAAUUUUUGGUUUGCAGUGAUUUGUUAAAUAUGCCUAAAUUAUAAAAGCCAAGAUUAGUCAAGUCAGACUUUGUUUUAUUUAUUACAUAAAAACAAACCUAAAUUUUGAAAGUCAAUAUUAGUCAAGUCAGUGUUGCCAUUUGUUGCAUAACACAAAGCCUUAUUUAUAAAAGUCAAUAUAAGUCAAGUCAAAUUUAUCCCUUUCAUUUAUGGCAUAAAACAAAGCCUGAGUUAUGAAAGUCAAACUUUGUCCUUUCAUUCAUUGCAUAAAAUAAAGCCUAAGUUAUGAAACUCAAGAUUAAUCAAGUCAAACUUAGUCCUUUCAUUUAUUGCAUAAAACAAAGCCUAAGUUAUGAAAGUCAAUACUGUACUUGUCAAGUCAAACUUAGGCUUUGUUUUAUGCAAUAAAUGAAAUUACUAAGUAUGAAAGCAAAGAUUGGUCAAGCCAAAGUUAGGCUUUGUUUUAUGCAAUAAAUGAAAGUCAGGAUUAGUCAAGUCAAACUUAGUUCUUUAAAUGCAUAUAAUAAAGCCUAAGUUAUGAAAGUCAAUAUUAGUCAAGUCAAACUCAGGCUUUGUUUAAUGGAAUAAAUAAAAGGACUAAGUUAUGAAAGUCAAGAUUUGACAAGUCAAACUUGGUCCUUUUAUUUAUUCCAUAAAACAAAGCCUAAGUUGUGAAAGUCAAGAUUAAUCAAGCCAAACUCAAGCUUCAUUUUGUGCAAUAAAUGAAAGGUCUAAGUUUGGCUUGAUUAAUCUUGACUUUCACAACUUAGGCUUUGUUUUAAGAAAUAAAUGAAAGGACCAAGUUUGACUUGACAUCUUGACUUUCAUAGCUUAGUCAUUUUAUUUAUUUCAUAAAACAAAGCCUAAGUUGUAAAAGUCAAGAUUAAUCAAGCCAAACUUUGUCCUUUCAUUUAUUGCAUAAAAUCAAGCUUAAGUUAUGAAAGUCAAGAUCAGUCAAGUCAAAUUUAGUCACUUGACAACAUUUUAACUUAAUAUUUCAUCAUAAUCAUUUCUCAAUUUAUCUCGUCUCAUAAUCUCAUAAUUGUGUGUUAUGGUUACACAAGACUUUACCAAUGCUACGCUACAUGACCAGUGCUGCUGUUAUAAUCUGUAUGUGAACUGAUGAUGAUGAUGAUGAUGAUGAUGAAGCUCUUCAGUAUGGAUAUGUGCAUUAUAAUAAGACCAUGUGUGUUGUGGUGGUGUUUAUUUUAUGUCCUACAUAACGCUCACCCGUCCUGUGCUGUUUUCACAUCGCAAACACAUAGAAGCUUCACUUCAGUGUAGUUUUGAUGUUGUCAGGAUAUUUUAGGAACUACAUUUUGCUUUAGAAGACACUGUUGGAACUCUACAACUAAUUUGGGGCUUGGAGACUACAGAUUUUAAUGAUUCUUUUUGUUUGUUUUGUUUGUUUUUCUCCAGAUAAUUUAUAAUUCAUGAAUCUUUUUUUUUUUUUUUAACUGGGUCUGUGAAGAGUGAAAGUUCAGAGACUUUCACAAUAACAACGGUUAUAUUUCUGUUCUUGGCAUGCCGUGUUGCAGAUGCAGAAGCCCUUGCAGAUUUAUAUACUGUACUGUGUACAUAUCCCUGUAUAUAUCUAUAUAAUAAAACAAAAUGAAACCUA